UACUGAAUAUUGGAAUGAGUUCUUAUUUAAAGUUAUGGGCACUUCGGUUUGUUUUUGGAACUUAACUUCAUGUCCAAGGCUCAGGUUGUCUACUUUCAGGAUUUUCAGUUCAUCGGAAAUCGGAGUGUCAAGGAGGCAAGUACUGGAACAAGUUGAUAAGGAGCUGAGCAAUGGAGAUGAGAGGACUGCACUGUCCCUUGUCAAGGACUUGCAGGGAAAGCCUGGUGGCCUUCGAUGUUUCGGUGCUGCUCGCCAGGUUCCUCAGAGGCUCUACACCUUGGAUGAACUGAGAUUGAAUGGAAUAGAAACUACAUCUCUUCUAUCACCAAUUGAUGCAACUCUUGGUUCAAUAGAAAGAAACCUGCAGCUUGCUGCUAUCUUAGGAGGGGUUGCAGCAUGGAAUGCUUUUAGUUUUAGCCCUCAGCAUAUCCUGUUUAUUUCUUUGGGAUUCUUGUUUCUGUGGACACUGGACUUGGUUUCAUUUAAUGGAGGCAUUGGUGGCUUGGUCCUCGACACGAUCGGUCACACUUUCAGUCAAAAGUACCACAACAGGGUUGUUCAACAUGAAGCGGGUCAUUUCUUGAUCGCGUACCUGGUGGGCAUUCUUCCUAGAGGAUACACAUUAACUAGUUUGGAAGCAUUAAAGAAGGAAGGAUCACUCAAUAUUCAAGCAGGAACAUCAUUUGUCGAUUUCGAGUUUCUCGAAGAAGUCAAUGCAGGGAAAGUAUCAGCCGCAACACUGAACAGAUUCUCAUGCAUAGCACUAGCGGGCGUGGCAGCCGAAUAUCUUUUGUUCGGAUACGCCGAGGGUGGCCUUGCGGAUAUAAACAAGUUGGAUGGAUUACUGAAAGGCUUGGGAUUCACUCAAAAGAAAGCAGACUCGCAAGUUAGAUGGUCUGUACUUAACACCGUCCUACUGUUGCGCCGCCAUGAAGUCGCUCGAGCUAAGCUUGCCGAGGCGAUGUCCCUGGGAAAAUCAGUAGGAUCUUGCAUUGCCAUUGUAGAGGAUAACAUCAAUGAUGCUGACAUAUAGUUGCAACUGGCCAACUUUGUUCAGUUUUUCUAGUUUUUU